GUUUUGUUACUAAAAAAAGAGAGCAAAAUCACAGAAGAUGAAGAACGAGAAUAUACCACUAAAAUAAAAAGCAUAGAAUACCAGUGUUCACCAGAUGACGACGAUUUUAUUUGCUGUUAUAUCCCAUGUUUCAUUUGCGAUGCGAAAGUAAAGGUAUGCAUUGCUUUUGUACGCUCGAUUUUAUGAUUGGUAUUUUAUCUUAGCACUUAGAAAUCAAUUCCUGCAUUAGAUUUGUUAAAAUUAUUUUAUGUAUAAAAUUUUGCUUUUGCUUAAAUACGUCAGAUAUGUCAGAAUCUAUCUCAACAUGUAGUUACUACAUAUAUAUCAAGUAUUAUCGGUAUUACCCUCUGUAAUAUCAUAUGUACUAGGUAGAAUAAUGCACUCUGAUUGACGAGAAUUUCGUAUACAUAAAAUAAUAACAAUUUUUAACUCUUUCCGAGACUCUUUCGAUCUCAUAUAAAACGCUCACUUUGUAAUGUCCAGAUACCAAUUACAGUUUUUGGAUACUUUGACACAAUUCCAGCGCAGCGAGGAUUUUUUUAAAGUAUCCUUGGAGUGUAAUGUGUAUCUGAACAUUACUAAGGUACAGAACUAUAAAUAUAUAACUACUUGGAAUACAUUAUCAACUUGUGCCCGGCGCCUGUUAACGUGUACUACUUCAAUUUUAGGUGAAAAAACUGCCUAAGAAUCACAACACCCAUUGGUCUUUUUCGAAUUUUUAUCAACAUGUUAACAAACAUUUGAAAAAUAAGGACUCAAAUAAAGAUAAAUUCCAGGAUAACUCUAAGCCAAAAUCUAAGCGCACGAUUCGCCAACCCACACUACAUACAUUCUGUUCUGAACCGUCUACUAGUUCUUCCUUUAUACCCACCAUCUCUAGAGUAGAUGAGAAAAUAGGUGAAGACGCACAAGAAACAAGAUCAGAUGUUGAAGUCGUAGUAUCUGCUGUCUUAUCAUCAGAAGAAGAGGAUGAAGAUAUCAUUCAACCAAGAAAAAAAGCAAACAAGCAAAUAAUUUUAUCAGACAUUGAAAGCGGUACCGAACAGGAUUUUCCUCGGGAUUUUCAAACAGACGGAAUUGUACAUGAAGGGGCUUACAGUUCUGUUGAGCAAUCGUUACACCAGCCCCAACAACAACCGACUUCGGUCCUUGUUGAAAACAAGUGGUUAUCUCCGAAAUACUCGCGCUGUGAAAGAAAUCGACGUGGCCGCGAAAAUUCUUUUGAUGAUGAAAAACAGCUGCUUAUAACCAAUUUUUAUAAGCCACUAAAAGACAUUGAGAAGGUGUUAAUCGAAAAUAGUCAAUUAAAAGAAAUAAUUCAAGAACAAGCCAAAAAGUUCCGAUUAUUGGGUGACAAGGUUGGCGGUGCAUCGUUAACGGGAGCUCCUGUGUCAAUUUUUUUAAAUAUUAUGCUUGAUACAGCUGCUGCCAAUGCUUCCAAAACGAAAUCAAAAAACAGAUUUGACGAAAGUGUAAAAAAAUUCUGCUUGUACCUAUUCUUAAUUGGAGGGAGAAUGCUAUACGAGACAUUAUAUGCAAAUUUGAAAAACGUUAUUCCUUCAAUAACAACUUUACACCGUUCUAUUACUAAUUCAAAUAUACAAGAAGGGGAAUUACGCUUUGCAGAUCUGAGAAGAUUUCUUGAUAGUCGUGGAUUGCCAAGCGUCGUGUGGAUAAGCGAAGAUGCGACAAAGAUUACAGGGAAAAUAGGAUACUCUUCACACAAUAACUUGGUGGUUGGAUUUGUCAUUCCACAGCAUAAUGGAUUGCCACGUGAGAACUACUUCGAAGCAACUUCGGCACGAAGAAUCCAACAGAUCUUUGUGGAAGGAGAACGAGCUCAAUAUGGGUACGCAAUCAUGGCCCAAUGUCCAAUUGAUAAAACCCCUUCGUUUUGUCUUAACAUUUUCGGUACUAAUAACAAAUUCACGCAUAAUGAUGUAAUACAGCGAUGGGAACAAAUGAAGGUAUCUGCACGUCGGUAUAACAUAGAACUUUUGGGUUUCUCGUCAGACGGGGACACGAGGUUGCUGAAAGCGAUGCGGCUCACAACAAAACUUUCUAACCAGGUAACAGAAAAGUGGAAGUGGUUUCACAUGCCAUUAGAUACUGGCAAUAUUUGCACUCAGGACACAGUUCACAUCGGAACAAAAUUAAAAACGCGUUUAAUCAAUCAAAAAGUCACGCUCGCUCUUGGAAAUUUUAUAGCAUCAUCGGAUCAUCUUAAAACUCUAAUUGAGACUGUGUCUAAAGAUAAACACCUUCUGACCUUAGGAGACCUAAAUUCACAAGACAAAAUGAAUUUCCGAUCUGUUGAAAAAAUUAUUGCUCCUAAAGUGUCUGAACUUCUUAAAAAAAGUGUUCCAAACAGCGAAGGAACUGUUGCAUAUCUUAAAAUACUCAGAUCUGUACUUGAUGCUUUUCUCAGGAAAGACCUUAGUCCUGUAAGGCGAUUGCAACUGAUUUGGUAUGCGGUCUUUUUUCUUCGUAUAUGGAGGAGUUGGGUAAGAAAUUCCGAGUCAUACACAGUGACUGAAAAUUUUAUAACUCUCAAUGCGUACUUGUGUAUUGAAAUGAAUGCUCAUGCCCUGAUUAAGAUCAUCCGAAAAUUUAGGGAAGAAAAACUUGAUACGGAUUUUGCCACUUGGCUCUUCAGCUCUCAACCAUGUGAGCAAAUUUUUCGCGCUACCAGAUCACUCACGUCAACGUACUCUACGAUAGUUAAUUUUAGUUUAAUGGAAAUGUUGAACAGAAUUAAUAAAAUAGAGACUAUUGUAAGUAUUAUGAGUGAUUUGCGCGAUACAUUUGUAUUUCCACGGGAAGGGUCAUCUAGAAUGGGAACUGCACAUAACUCGAUUGGUAUUGUGUUCCCUUGUGAUGAAGAAAUCGAGUCAGUAUGUAUGACAGCAUUGCAAGAGGCGAUAAAUGAUUGCAAGUUAUUGGGUAUAUAUAACGAUCGAGAUAACGAUGAUACUCAAAACCUUUGGGAACAAAUUAUGAUAUUUGACGGGAGUAUUGAUUCACAACCGUAUAAAUUACAGGAUCCAGAUGCAUUGGAUUAUCAUUGUGUUGACUUAAAUUUGUCAGAAGAAUUUUCAUAUGAACCGGCUACGAAUGAUGUGUUACGCCAAUUUGUUGACCAACAGGAUGAUAGCGAAACAAGCGAGGAUCAAGAACAAGAUGAUGACCAUAGUGAUUCCUUAAUCAACUUCCAGGAUUUGAAUUUCGCUGACGUUCCUGUUGAAGAACCAAUUCAUGAAAGAAGCCCCUAUGUCAAAAUCAAAUGCCAAAAUGGUCAAAUUAAAACGAUAAGAAAGAAAACAUUGUGUUGGUUUUUGGACGAUAAUGUGAAAAGGUUGAGUUCUGAUCGUCUGCUGCGCGUUAGAGCAGAUCAGAAUUAUAACAGUCGCAGUCCGAGAACUGAAAGUACAUCUGAAACUCACCCACUUAAACCGGUUUUAGAAUCAUAUUAUGCGGUAUACUAUUCCGAAUCAUGGUAUAUAGGUCGCGUAAUAACCCAGUCUGAAGAUAAAUGUUACAAAAUCAAGUUUCUCCAGUCUCAACUCAAUACAUUCAUAUGGCCUAAAGAUGAUGACGUACAAACUGUGGACCAACAAUACAUUUUUUUUGGUCCAAUAAAGAUGAUCGGAACAAAUAACAUGACAAUCUCAGAAGAAAAUCGUAACGCCAUAAAAAGGAAAUACAAAUCAAUUAAAAAAAUGUAUAAGUAAUGUUGUUUAUUCAAACUAUUUUUAAAUUGUGUAUGUUUUAAGUCAAAAGUAAACUUUGAUUUGUAGUUGGGACAAUAUUGUAUAUUGUGUGUUUAACCUGUUCCAAAGCUCACAAAAUAAGAAAAUAUAUACCCAGGUAAUAUUUCAAUUACCAAAUGACCCGCGGAAAUGCUUGUACAUAUUUAACUGUAUGUAGUACCUAAAUGAUGAGCAAAAGUAACAAAUUUCUGGUAAAUUUAUAGCGAAUGUAGUAAAUGUUGUGUAAAUGCAGUAAAUGUGGCAAAUUUCUGGUAAAUUUAUAGCGAAUGUAGCAAAUGUUGUGUAAAUGUAGUAAAUGUAGCAAAUUUCUGGUAAAUUUAUAGCGAAUGUAGCAAAUGUUGUGUAAAUGUAGUAAAUGUAGCAAAUGUCUGGCAAAUGUAGCAAAUGUGGAAAAUGGCAAAUGUGGUGUACACAAUUUUGCCCAGCGGUCAACCCCUCGGUCAUAUAUAUAUUUUCUGUUUUAGGCCAAGAUAUUAAAUUAGUUUCACGAGCAUUGUUUUGUGACUCUUGACAUAUGCGACAUUUGUUUAUUGAUUGCUCUAGUUCCUCAUUUAAACCUGGCCACCAAACAGAUGUUCUCAUUUUGGAUCUUACGAUACCCACAUGAUCAGCAUGAAUUAGUUCCAAAACUUUUGACUUCAACACCUCCGGAAUUACUACUCUAUUACCAACCAUAACGCAAUUUCGU